GUUGGCAAGUCGCGGGCAGGCUGCGAUCGGAAAGCGUGCAUCUAUUUAUUUACUACCUGCUAUCUCCGUGUCAUGCAUUCGUAGGCAGCGAUUGGAUAGCACAGCCUGUCGGUUAGGCUUCAAGCAGAUUUUUUUUUGCUGACUUAAUCCGCAGUUCUCCCUCUUUUCUGUCUCAGGAAAAGAUGGUUAUUCGUGUGUUCAUCGCCUCCUCUUCUGCCUCUGUUGCGAUCAAGAAGCGGCAACAAGAAGUUGUAGGAUUUUUAGAAUCCAACAAAAUUGAAUUUGAAGAGAUUGACAUAACAAUGUUAGAAGACCAGAGAAGGUGGAUGUAUCACAACAUCCCACAGGAGAAGCAGCCUGCCAAAGGAAACCCACUUCCACCUCAGAUAUUCAACAAUGAUGCUUACUGUGGCGAUUAUGAUGCUUUCUUUGAAUCAAAGGAAAACAACACAGUGUCCACAUUUUUUGGUUUAAAGCCAAAAUCACCAUCACAGAAAACUAAGGAGCAUUCCACCUGGACCAGCAGACUGACUUAGAAUGCAACAGGACGCUGAACCAUAGUUCCCUGAAGACCCAUCUUUAAGCUGAACCAUUUGCCUCGUGCGGAGCUGGCUCUAAGCUUGGCUGGUCAUUAUCAAAAAUCUUUAUAGAUCCAGCACAAUAAAAACCACUCAUAUGUUCACCAACAAUUGCUGUGUAAUCCGGUUUAUCACAAUUGAUCUUUUUUUUACCGGGCAGUAUUACAUGGAAAGUAGUAUCAGUCAUGUCAUCUAGACUUGGGAACAGUCAGAUGUUUUAUCACUUGGAUGGUUCUUGUUUGCUGCUUGCCAUUUUGCCUUAUUGUAUCCUGGUUCACUUCAGCAGCGCUUUGCCUGUCUUACUGCCUUUUCCUGGGUUAUCAUCAUUAGUGAUACAAAGAAGAUCUCCUAAUUUUACCACUUGGGUACUGUGGGUGGGAAAUAACAGAUAGAUAGCUGAGAGUUGAAUGGCCAUCACACGUAAAUUGUGAUGUUAAAAAUAACAUAAGCAGGUCACUUGUUUCUGCUUUUAAGAACUUGAGAAACUUUUGAGAAUUUGCUUGUCUCAUGUCUGCCUUCGCUCCAGAAAACAUGCUAAGAAUAUUGCUGGCACGAUGCCAGUAAAUGUCCGCAAAGGAAUGAUACUAAAUCACAUGAUUGAUACAAAAGCAUAUUUGGAACUUUUUUCCCAACUAAGAUAUUGAUUUGCAGUUGUUAUCUAUUCUUGUGUUUGUUAUCUUUCAAAGGUCCGUAUAAUUUGCUAUCAGAAUUCUUUUUAUUGUAGAUCACAGAUGUUUAUUGUCGAUGAAAAGGUUGGUACAUUUAGAGAUGCAGUUUUUUCAUUAGCUGUGGUAAACAUAUAAGCUUAGUAGAGUUUUUGUGUGCUAACUGUGCCUAUUAAGAUAUAACAACACAAACUUUAUUGAUGUAAAGGGUAGGAAAGGAUGCCCAAUCAAAUGACAAAGUGAAGUGGAUGUCUGUAAAGCCUUAUUGCCAAAUUCUCUAACCACCUAGAAAUUUUUCCACACAGACAUGGCUGUACUUGGACCAUUAAAAUCAACUCCUGUCAUGUGCUCAAGAAAAAUAAGUCCACAAGUGUAUGAUAUCUAAGUUUCCAACGAGCAACAGCAGCAGUAGCUCGAAUUUUUCUAUCCUGUCACAGUACCCAUAUCCUGAGCAUUGAGGCAAUAAUACCACUGGUAUGAGCACAAGGUAUGCAAUGGAGACAAGGUAAAUACAGCAUAUUAUAAAAUACAGUAGUAAUGUACCAUCUGUGUCUUCUAUUAAUUACCUUGUCAAUAACACAUAACAAAUCCUAUACUUGCAGAGUGAAUUGAUUACUAAAUACUGCUCAUCCAUAUUUGGCUGUCCUGCUAUCAAACCUAUUCAUGAUAAUUUGGAAAACAAUCCAUUUGGAACUUUACCUUCUUUAAUGAAAACAAGUUUCUCAAAUGCUUCUUUGUUUUAGAUAUGCAUGAUGUAAUAUAUUUAAUUUCAUUGAACUCCAUCAUUAUCACAUUGGCCUUUCAAUAUAAUUCUGAUGAAAUUAAGCAUCAGUCUCUUCCUGAUGAGCACAAAAGAAGUUUUGCAAAAUAGUUAAUUUCCGUGAAGACAAAUGCAUAAUUUUUGUCUGGCUAUUUCGAAGCCUAUUUGGAGUUCAGUUUGAAUAUUGUCUACAAUCUACCAUAAGUUUGCUUUUACAUUCCACAAUAAGAACAUCUCUAUUGCAUCCUGUUACUGAAAACUCAUACAACUUAUUUUCAAACUCCUAAGGACUGUUAAUCCCAAAUCUCAACUGACCUUCUCCAAUGUCCCAUGAUAACUUUGGCAGAGGAUGAGCAAAUUUCCAGGAUCAGUAGACUAAUUACCUGAUAAAUGGAUACCAUCCAUUUUUCUUGCAGAAAUUAUGAUGGACACAGAGUACACCCCUUUGGCAGUUUUAGCAGCUCUGUCUGCACUGUAACUCAAUUAGAGACAACCUCACUCUUCUUUGCAUGAUUUUGCAUUCUAGGAACAGCUUCAAAAAAUGAUCCUUUGUUAGUAAUCUAACUAAUAUCUCAUUAAUUUUUAUUUUAAAUAGGUCUGCUUAUAAUUUGUAACACAUGAGCACCAUCUGUGUUGUCCAUUCUCUCUGUGCAGUGAUUUCCUUAACAUACAUUAGUUGUUGUGAGGAAACUGACUGAAGAAUGCUUGAAAAGUUCUCCCUAUAUUCCUGAAGGCAUAAAACCCUGCAAUCAACAUGGCUGUUAGCCGUGGUGGAUGAGGACUUUUUUGUGUGCCAACUGAAGUGCCCCAUAGCUAGCAAAGAUCUUAACAAAGCAUGAAAAUUAUGCUGAACUUUCAGAAAGCUGUACACCACAAUAAAGUAUUACACUAAGUUUUCGUCACUAAGGAGGUAAUGCACAUUAAUUACCAUUACCAUCAAUGCUUUAGGUAUUUUGCUGAUGUGACACUUAUAUGUCCAUGCACUAACAGGGCUGUUCAAAUAUUGGAGAAAACUAAGCGAUAACUUUUCAUCUCCUUGUCAGUGGUACUAGUAUAGAAAAGUCUGUGGAAUCCUGAAAAAUAUAUUUAUGCAUUUUUCAGGUUUACACAGUUCUUACAUCAAAUUAGCAGCAGAUGAACAGAAGUUCCCCUAUCAGUGUUCAUCCUCGAGGGGUGCUUUGUGCUAAAGAUUGGAAAUUUACUGCUAUUUCAGCAAUAAGUCAAGAAAGUCUUGAUACAUCUGUGGGGAAGUUCUGAUACGAUGAAACACACUUGAUGCUGCAUUGGUUAGAAUGGAGUUGAUGCAAUACAAUGCUUUAGCUCCUAAUCAAGCAACCAACACAGUGGGUUUCCAUAAGG